ACGCCGUACAACAAUUUAAGGUGUCGUAAACAUUCCAUAGCGAUCAUGACCAAAUAUUAUAUAUUAUAUUGACAAGAUAGCCCAGGGACCGCUUUUACAAUAUAAGUGGAAAUACAUGUGAUGUCAGUUGGGGAAAAAAGGGCUUAUUCUCACGUGGAUAGAUUUUGGGUGGAGUAAAUCCUCUCGCUUCGCCUCUUCCUCUCGGUCAUAACGCUGGAUGAUGGAGAGAAGUGCGCCUGACCUGUACGCUUUCCCGAAUGUAAUAGACUACACGAGACCAACAUAAAUGAGAAUUUCGAUUAUGAUGUUUAUUAGUAUAACAGAUGUUCUGCAGUUGGUUAGCGUCGAUUCGUAGCUACGAAAACCCUCAUCUACAUCAGCACCGGGAAAUUCCAACAUCACUUUGCUUCAUCUGCCUGGCUGAAAGUGUAGGAGUUGGUGCUUUCAAAUAGGAUCAUAUUGAACCGUCCGUAUCAAACAGAACCCUGGUAUGGUACUGAUACCUAUUUUUAUGCUGUGCAUAGGAUAUGCUUUCUACUUAGCUACUAUUCACUAACGUUAGUCUGUUCAUAACUGAUUUUUUGGGCUAACUAGGUAGCGUUAGCCUAGCUAGCGCGUUAGCCUAGCCAGCUAAGCGGUCAUACGAAUGUAAUGGGUCACACACACACACACAGCUGUUCUUUAGGAUGAUGGACCGAAAUUAUGGAUAAUAUCAUAGUCGAAUUGUUCUCCUCAUGGAGUGUAUAUUUUGGGGACAUUGUUUGCAUACACUGGAUACGCUUGGUGACGUUGUUGAUUCAAUGACGACAUGCACCACUAAUUUACCGGUACUGGAACAUGUUUGUAGCUAACGUUACUGGCAACACGCUAGUCGAUGUUAUUGUUAGGUAACGUUAGUUAGCCAACAUUAGCUAGAGAAUUAGCAAGUUGCUGCCUAUGUAGAUUGCGGUGGCAAGCACAAGACAGCUCCUCUAUUUGGGAAGCUCCGAAAUUUCGUAAAUCAUGAAACAUUGCGAAUACCAGCAAAUCGACCCGCAGGCACUUUCAACGCCAACACCAACCCCGACCCUGCCGCUGCAACACGCUGUUGUUCAGGAAGAGAAGAACGGGGAAACCGCACGGAGAAAAUGGGAAGUUUUCCCCGGCAAGAAUCGCUUCUACUGUGAUGGACGGAUCAUAGUGGCUCAGCAAAGCGGUGUCCUACCACUCACCCUCGGCCUCAUUUUGGUCACCACUGUACUGUUCUUUGUUUUCGACUGUCCCUUCCUGUUGAAGCAUCUGACUGUGUUCAUCCCAGCAAUUGGAGGAGUGCUGUUUGUGUUUGUAGUCAUCUCCCUCCUGCAAACCAGCUUCACUGACCCUGGUAUCCUGCCCCGGGCCACACCGGACGAGGCCGCAGACAUUGAGAAGCAGAUCGAUAACUCUGGCUCUUCCACCUACCGACCCCCUCCCCGCACCAAGGAGGUGAUGAUCAACCAGCAGGUAGUGAAGCUCAAGUAUUGUUUCACCUGCAAGAUGUUCCGGCCACCGCGCACCUCCCACUGCUCCCUCUGUGACAACUGUGUGGAGCGAUUCGACCACCAUUGUCCCUGGGUGGGGAACUGUGUUGGGAAGAGGAACUAUCGUUUCUUCUACACCUUCAUCGUCUCUCUGUCAUUCCUGACAGUCUUCAUCUUUGGCUGCGUCGCCACACAUCUAGCACUGAGGGCACAAGGAGGGAGAGGCCUGAUGUUUGCUCUUCAGGAGAGUCCAGCCAGUGCUGUGGAGCUGGUGAUUUGCUUCUUUUCAGUUUGGUCCAUCUUGGGCCUCUCAGGCUUCCAUACCUACCUGGUUGCUUCUAACCUGACAACAAAUGAAGAUAUCAAAGGCUCGUGGUCGGGGAAGAGUGGGGCGGAGGAUACCGGAAACCCCUACAGCUAUAACAACAUCAUUACUAACUGCUGCUCUGUACUCUGUGGACCCAUGCCUCCCAGUUUGAUUGACAGGCGAGGCUUCAUGCCAGUGGAGGAGUCGUCCCAGACAGUUGCCACUGAGAUAGAGCUGGCCGCUAAGAAGGAGAUAAACGUGUGUCAACUGGUAUUGUGUCUCUCCGUAUUUGUGUGUAUGGCCCAUCACCACCCCCCACUAGGAGGACAGCUGUCUGGACUUUGCUCUGUCCUGUGCUGGCUGAUGAGCAAGUGCACACAGGGAACUAAAGAUCUGUUGGAGUCGGCAUCUCGCUCUCCGUGUCCCCAGACAGGGAAACCCCAGACCGUCUCUACUUCCUGUCCAGACAGCAUUGACCCAGCUGACCCGGCGGUGACCUUUAACCCUGCUGUAAUCUCUGACCCUGACCCUGUUGCAGUGCCCUCUCUGAAAUGUGGAGGCCGUCACCACAGCCACACCACCAGUCCUCCGGACGAACCCCGCCAGCAGCACCACCACCACCACCAUAACCGGCACCACAAGACGCGGUCGGCACGGAGCAGCAGCAAGCGGGCCGCUCUCCACAUCUCCAACCCGGCUUACAACGUCAGCCUCAGCCCCCCCACCUCUCCAGGCCUUGGGCCUAGUCAUGGUACAGGGGCAGAGGACCACGUAAGGGACAGCUUUGCAGCAUUGCACUGAGUCAAGCAAACUAACUCCCUCUGAGUGAAUGAACCUGCGCCUUGCUGCCUUCCACAGCUCUAUGCUCUGCAUGUUGUACAACAGUUUAGUCCCACUUGCCAGACUCAUGGAGCACGGCUAUAGGAAGAGACUACAGUCAGGUGGAGCUGGUCCAUCUUUUAUAAGAGACUACAGUCAGUCACACUGGAUGCAGUCAGGUGGAAGCUGGUCCAUCUUUUAUAAGAGACUACAGUCAGUCACACUGGAUGCAGUCAGGUGGAAGCUGGUCCAUCUUUUAUAAGAGACUACAGUCAGUCACACUGGAUGCAAUCAGGUGGAAGCUGGUCCAUCUUUUAUAAUCUAUGUAAGUCCACAAGUCCUCUGAGAGAGGUGGGACAUGACUGAAGCAUCACCAACACCCUCUUUACAUCCUGGGUCUAUGUGGAUGGAGACAAGGAUGUGUGACUGUUACUUUGGAGCUUAAGGAUGUAUUACCGAGGAUAGCUAUGGGGGUGUGACUGUCUGGGGAAGUCACUGCACGGUGGCCAGCUUUCACUAGCUAGGCCUAACUCACAUCUACUACCGAUUUGUAUAGCCUGCUUGGGCCUUUACUAGACUGCAAAUUAAUGGAGAUCUAGAGCUACAUUACAGCUUCCUAUCAGAAGAGGGCACUACCUGCUGUGUGAGUUGCAGUGAGAGUGGAACGUGUGAUGUGAACACUUAUAUAGGACUCCUAGAUAAACCUCCAAAUGUAAUUGAACUGAAUAGCCCCUUUGUUUACAGCGAAAAGCACAACGAAAGAGCUGGUGUUUUGUGGCGCAAACUUCUAUAGCCACUCAGUGAACCAUACAUUCUUCUUUUGACACACUCAAGCAGAAGAGACCUAGCCAGCACUGCAGGGCCUCAUACAGACUGUUAUUAUUCUGGGCGGACAAAAACUAGCCUAGCAUCCAAACUGAUGUCGCUAUGUUUCAUAAUGGUGAGUGCAGCGUUUAGUCUGGCUUAAGGCUUGACAAACUUUGGGGAUACCUACCUACUGAUUUGGGAUGGCUCUGUUUAUUAGAGUAGCUGGCUUGAGACCCAAAAACCUGGCGGUGUGAGUGCCAAACAACCCAAAUCUUUUUUUAAAUCUAAAAGCAGAACCGGACGGAUGAGCUUGAGUUAGUUUGUGAUAGGCUAGCUAGCAUUAGUACAUAGACCUUUCUAUAUAUCAAUGUCUCUGAACUUGAAGAGACCCCCCCCC